AUGGUCAAAAAUAGUAGUAGUAUUAGAUUAAAGACAAUAUCAUUGAUAUUAGUUUUAAUCUUUACAUUUUUAGUUUCUAUUAUUCGAUCAGAUGGAAUAGUUGAUAUAGGAGCUACUUGUGAACCAUUCAAUUCAUCGUUGGGUGUUUGUGUUGGAAUCAUACCCAAUGAUACAAUCAUUUAUGUUCCUUUUAACAGUUCACAAUCUACAAUGGCACAAAAUGCAACUGAAAUAUUUAAUUUCCUUUCUCUAACCAAUGAAGAAUGUCAGUCUGCUGCAUCAGUAAUAGUUUGUGGCAUGUUUUUUAAACCUUGUACAAUAGUAAACACACCAACCAAUAAUAUAUCUUUACCUUCUCUAACAUGUCAAUCAAAGUGCAUGGAAGCAUUUCAACCAUGUCAAAUAUACCUUUCACAAUUCCCAGCACUUUCAUGUAGCUCUGUUGUCAAUGGUGAGCCUGAAUAUCCAAAUAUUUCAACCUCUUUUAAUCUAACUCAAUAUGGAGGAUCAUCAAAUCAAUCCAUUAAUUGUAAUUCUAUUUAUACUCCACUUGCAAGAAAUAGUUGUCCAGAACCAUUAGUAUAUAUGACAUUGGAAAUGUAUGAUACACCAAAUUAUUUUAAUAUUACACCGACUUGUGCCAUUCCAUGUCCAUUUGAGGCAUGGGGAAACAAUCAAAAAACGUUAAAUGCAACUUCGAGAGCAUUGACAUCGAUUGGAUUCAUUUGUUCGUUUAUCAUAUUGAUAUUGUAUGCAGUGCUGCCAAACAAGAUAACACACAAGAUGGAAUGUAUCUUGUCGUUUGCAGUGUCGACCAUGAUUGUCAGUAUAUCCUAUUUCAUCGAGAUGGCAAACACCAGGUUUCCAUGUGGUGGAGGAGAAGGUGAUCGAUAUGCAGUACAAGACGACGCCAAAUGUGGAUUCAAUGGAUGGUUAUUUCAACUCGGAGCAUUAUCAAAUAUAGUUUGGUGGACAAUCAUUUGUUUUGAUUACUUUUUGUCGAUUCGAAUGAGUACCUAUCUCAAAGACAACUUUAAGUAUUUUAGAAUCGGUAUUUGGUCAAUGUUGAUAUUCUUUUCAUUCCUUCCACUCUAUAAAAAACACUAUGAAGCUACACCAUUGACUAGUGGCUGUUGGAUAGACUCUGAUGACAACAGUGCAUGGCAAUACGCUAGUUUCUAUGUACCAGCUUGGAUCUGUCUAUUCUUUAUAUUUUGUUUUACAAUCUAUUCAACUAUUAAAAUUUAUUCUAUUUAUAAAGUAUUAAAAAACAAAAAAGUGAUUAUAUUUACAAUCAAACAAAGUUUGGUGAUGUUGGUCAUUUUGUUCAAUUUUAUAUUCAUUUGUUUCUUCAAGUUCUAUGUCGAUGCAAGAGAGGAUGUCUACUAUGACAAGAUUAGAGAAUGGGUGGCUUGUAUCAGUACAAGUUCAAAAGAAGAUUGUCCACUGGAACUUCCCGAUUUCCAAUUCCGUUUGUUGCAGCUGAUUUGCACUACCGACUCUGGAUUGGUCGGAUUCUUUUUGUUUGCUAUCGAUCCAUAUCUCUGGGUGGAAGUUAUCACAAAAUCCAACUCGUUGGCAGCUGUCAUGAGUUAUCUAGGCUUCAAACCAUUUACCUCGGGAUCACUGUCAGCUGAAUCUACAGAUGCCGCUGCACCUCCACAUGUUGCUGUUAAAAUGACAAGAGGUACAACUCUUUCUACUCGUGGUACUACUUUUAGUAGUAGUAGUAAUAGUAGUAUGAGUACUACUAGUGACCAAUUAUAA